GUGUGAACAAGUGUCGAGUUUAAAAUUCAACCAGGAUCCUGAAGCGACACUGAAGAGGGAUGUUGCGGCGUCCCAAACCCACCGACUCGGAGGCAGACCUCCUGAGGGAGCAGGAGCGCUUCCUGACCUCCGGUGCUCCAUCUGCUGCCAAUGUGGUCCGCCGUCCCGACAAGAGGAGAGGAGAGGCCGGAGAGGGAGAGGCAGCCAGCGGGGAGGCUGGAGGAGGCCAGAGGGAUGUGGUCACCAUAGAAGAUCUUCCAGACCAGCUCCCCUCUCUGACGCCAGCCCCUCCUAAGAAGUCCCGCUUUAAAGCCGGUCGCGUCACCUUUGAAGACGAGGAUCCUGAGGACAGGCUGGACCGACACGACACUCACAUCAGCGCUGUCCUCUCCAAGAUCGUUGAGAGAGAUACCAGCUCUACUCCAAUAUCUCUACCAGCAUUUACAGGCAUCGCCUUCCCCAAAGUGCUGCACCGCUCAGAGACCAGCAACCAGGCGCCGCUGUCGUCAGCUGGAGGAAAGAAGAGCAUCUUUGCUCGUCAGAUUGCUGCUCAGAGACUGAAGGAGGGAAAGACGCCAGACUUCAGGGAGCAGCGCCUCCCGUCAGACACCAGUAUGGACACAGAUCAACCACCUGCAGGUCCCAGUUUGGUUUCAGGUCAGGGGCUGGCCGGCCCAGAUAGCUCAGGAGAGACCAUGAGGAUCCACAAGGAGAACCAGGCCAAGCUUCAAGCAAUGUCCCAGUCUGAGAUACUGGAGGAGCAGAAGAAACUCUUAUCUCAGCUCGAUCCUCGGCUGGUGGAGUUUGUUCGAUCCCGCAAAGCCCAAAGCAUCAUUUCAUCUUCGUCUAAACACGUCGAGGACAAAACCGACAAGGACGACCUUUCUCUUCAAAAUACAGGCAGAGACUCUUCCAGUGCUGAUGUGCUGUUUCAUAAAGGCCAAGAAGUGGAGAUGGAAGGAGACGAGGAGGAAGAGGAGGAGGAAGAGCCACCACCACCACCACCUGCUGUGACGGAGGAGGACCUGCCAGUGAAGCCUCAGAAGGACUGGGUCCACAUGGACAAGCUGGAGCCGGAGAAGCUGGAGUGGAUGAAAGACCUGCCUGCACCCAGAAGAAAAGGAACCAAGAAGGCCAUGCAGGCUCGUUUCGACUUCACGGGGAGCUUAAUUGCGCCCACGGAGGAUCUGCCCACCCACUUAGGUCUGCACCACCACGGAGAGGAACCUGAGCGGGCAGGUUACUCCCUGAAGGAACUCUUCCUGCUGUCUCGGAGUCAGAUCAUCCAGCAGAGGAGUCUGUCCCUCAGCACUCUGGCCAACAUCCUCUCCAAGGCUCGUGCUGGAGAGUAUGUGUCGGUUGUGAGAGGCAGCAUGGUGUCCACUCUGCUGGACGCCGGCCUGCUGUUUCUGCUCCGGUUUGCGCUGGACGACGGCGUGGAGGGAGUGAUGUCUGCAGCUGUGCAUGCCCUCAAAGCGCUCCUCGUGUCUGCAGAAGAUGAGGAGUGUUUGGACUCCACCUUCUCCUGGUUCCGUGGUCUGGCCUCCUUCCCUUUGCUCCCGACUGCUCAGGAAGAGGAGGACGAGGAGGAUGAAGGUCUGGAUGAGAUUCUGAAGGAGACGGCGAAGGAGAAGGAGGAGAGAAAGAGCGAUCACGACGUGGCCAGCCAGGACGUCAUCAAGGGCUUGCUCAGGAUGAAACUGCUGCCCCGGCUUCGCUACAUCCUGGAGGUGGUCCGACCGUCGCCUCGGGUGGUUCAGGACGUCCUGGAGAUCCUGACGCGUUUCGCUCGGCACUCGUCCUCCUCGGCCACACAGGUGCUGGACUGCCCCCGCCUCAUGGAGACGGUCAUGUCAGAGUUCCUUCCCACUUCCUGGUCACCGUCGUCUCCAAUUCCUCCUCAGUCCGUCUAUGGACUCCCGCUGGCCAGCGCCCUGAAGCUGCUGAGGGUUCUGGCAACCUCGGGCAGGCAUGCAUGUGCCAGACUGCUGAACUCUCUGGGAGCCAGAGAGCGUCUGUCUUGCCUCCUGAGCGCUGAGCCCGGCGAGCUGCUGCUGGAGCCGACCGAGGCCCUCAGGGUCACCACGGAGGCCUACAGGCUGUGGGCCGUGGCCGCCGGCUACGGACAGGCCUGCAGGAUAUACAUAGACCUGUAUCCAGCCUUAGCGAAGGCGCUGCAGUCCGUCCACAGAGUCCUGCCGCCCUCAGAUCCUCUGCUACCUCUGCAGCUCCAGCGCCUCCUGGCUCUGCUCUCUCUGCUCACACAAGUCACUCACACUGCCGGCUGUCACCAGGAGCUGCAGGCCGGCGUCGUCAGCUCUCAGGGAGACGAGUGUCCUCCUCCUCCUCCGGUGUCCUGGGGUCACGUCUCAGGGUUGCAGGCAGCCCUGUUGGGCCACUUGAAGGGUUUCGUCAAGAGUCUUGAUGAUCCGGUUCAGAGGGACAGCAGCCUCACUGUGAUCCCAGCCUACCUGGUCUACCUGGAGGCUUACUACCAUCAGCUGUCCAGACAGAACUGUUUCAAGCCAGUGGAGACUCUCCAAGAACUCGAGCUGCUGACAUCUGAGGUUCUCCUCCCUCUGAUGAGUCACGACGCCGUGCGAGGACUGAUGAAGAAUCUUGAGUCUUCCUCAGUCGUGUGCAACAUUCAGCCGUCUGGUCGUCGGAGCCCAGAGACGACUCCUAACCUCCCCGGUUUGGCUUGUUCAGGAUGGAGGGAUCGUCCCGGGCCGGUGGCUCCCGGCUCGCCGUUCCCUCUGCUGACGGGACUGGGCCUCCUCUUGGAAACAAUCACCGGGAUCCACAAAGGUCUCAGCAAGAAGUUCACCGGCCUCCUCCUGUCAGAGCCUCUGAUUGGUUACCUGCGUCGCUGCAGUCAGGCCACGCCCACGCUGUCUCACACCUGGGCCUGGCUGCUCCGUCAUGAACACCACCUCCUCUACCUGCUGCUGCGGCUGGCGCACCGACAGGUCCCGACUGAGCCAGAAGUAGCAAAACAUGCUUCCCUCUACCACCAGGUGGCGCUGGUUCUCCUGCCGUGGUUACUGCCAGGCAGCGAGUAUCUGGCUCAUGAGCUGCUCUCCACCAUCAUCUUCAGCAAGGACUUUAUAUCGGAAGGACACAGCGGAGGACCUGAAGCCGUGGAGCUGGGGGAGCUGAAGCUCCACGAGGAGACGCAGCACCACGCCUCUCCGUCGCUGCAGACCGUCGGCGCUCUCCUGAGAGAGGCCUGCGUCCAGCUGCCGUCCAUACGAGGCUGCUUCCUCACUCACCUGGCCCACCUGGAGCCCUCUGUGCUGGUGUCCCGGGACGCCCUCCUGGGCCACAACCCCUGGAUCAAAUCCCAGCUCCUCCCAGAGCUCACCGGUCCCGUCCUGCCGUCCGACUGGCCUUUCCUGCCGCUCGUCAGCCUGUACGAGCGAACCGGGGUGUCUGACGGCGGGGGGCUGGCGGUGGAGGAGCUCCCUCAGGGGGCUCUGCAGGCGGUGACGCACUGUCUGCAGUGGCUGCUGCUGCUGGAGGUCUGGAGGGAGGACGCCCUGAAGGUGGUCCUUCCUGUGGCCAAGCUGGCCCGCCUGUCCUGCGUGUUCCUGUGUUCCAGCGACUUGUUUCUGGAGAGGCCUGUUCAGAAACUGACCUGGGGUCUGUUCAGGCUGCUGACAAGGGGGUCCAGACUGGACUCUCUGGACCUGAACGAGCCUCCUCCAGGUCUGGCCUCCUUCCAGGAUUUGUACUCGGCCCUCCUGGCCCAGUACGAAGCCGUGUCUUUCGGGGAUCGGCUGUUUGGCUGCUGGGUCCUCUUGCCCCUGCAGAGGCGGUACAGCGCCACCAUGAGGCUGGCUGUGUUUGGAGAACACGUGGGCAUGCUGAGGUCACUGGGGGUCACUCUGGAGCAGCUGUCCGUCCCCAUCGAGCGCUUCACCUCCCCGCCUGAAGACUCCCUCCCCGUCCUCCGUCUCUACUUCCGAUCUCUGGUGACGGCGACCCUGAAGCCCUCCUGGAGUCCGGUCCUGUAUGUGGUCGCAUUAUCUCACGUUAACUCCUUCAUCUUCUCUCAGGAUGCUGCGGCGCAGGAGGUGGAAACGGCUCGACACAGCAUGUUGAGGAAAAUCUACUACCUGACUGACGAGGUGCUGAAGAACCACUUGCUGCUCUUCCGUCUGCCCCAACGGCACUCGGCGCUCGGCUUCGACACGUACGACCAGCUGCCUCCGAUCAGGGCGAAGCGUUUGGCGAGCGUUCUGGGACUGCAAGACAACGGCAGUGACAAAGGAGACUGAGGAGAACAGAAAGUGUGAAAUUAAAGAGGUAGUGUGCCAAAAACACAAGAUACAGGGAAGUGAGACGUUUAGCAGAUGAAAGAAAACAGGAGAAGAUGCUGAGAGAGAAAAGUGAGCAGGAAGAGACGUUUGUUUUCAACAAUAAAGGUGUGGCAUCGAAGGUACUUUGGACCGAGAGACGACACGGUCACAGAAACUGUCUCUGUGGCCCGUUUUCUAAAACCAAACCUGAGGUGGACUCGGACCGCCUGGCGAAUCAUUUUUAGCACUUGUUUUAGCCCAUAUAGAGUAUUUUACAGUCACUGGAAAUUUGAUGAUGUGUUUAGUCCAAAGUUUAAACAGAAACGCUACGAAUGAAGCGAACACGACUUGUUCCUCCGUCUGACUCCAGAGCUGCUGUGUUUCUUCUGCCCAGGACAGUUCACGGCAUCUCAGAGAAAAGACAAUGAUCCGACUUUACAAGUGCCUGGAAUGGUGUUUUUUUGUGAAUAAAACAUGAGUCGUGUAAUGA